GUACGUUGAGCUGGAUGCAGGAUCUCUGUCCAGGCUUCCUAGUUUGCUAGUUAGAACGGUAUCGACAUCCUCCUGGUUAACGACCACCCUUGUGAUCAAUUGCUCUUGCAACAACCAACAUCCAUCGCACGGCUACUUGCUCCAACCUCUCACUCCCCUGCACGCACCUUGCUCCGUCAACGCCCAGCAUGUCUUUGCGCGACAACAGCCUCACUGAUGAGUUCCAGGAGGAUGCCGCACCCGAAUGCCCAGGUCGUGGACAACGCCAACGCCGCUCCCGCCUCCCUCCCCUGCACCAGCGACGGUACUCCCGUAAUACAGCCUGGUCUGAGCUUUCGCGGCAAACGCAGUCUGACGACCGACGAGCCGGACGAAAUGGACAUCGAGGUCCCAAAGUCGAUGAAGCCACAUUCUGGCAAAACCGAUACGAUGCUGCCUAACCCUUGGCGUACAACAACGCUCCUGCCCGUGCGAAAGGAGAACAGGUCGUAUAUGCGCUUGACGAUAUUGCCGACUCUUCGACUGCCCGACAGCAAGGACUCUUAGAGUUGUCCGAUCGAAGUCACCGAGCUGCCCAGCACGAGGGACCAGGCAGGAACUUCAGGGCAGUGACAACACAGCAUACACUCAGUCGGAGCAUGAAUAUGAUCACGAAUCUGCUGCUGAAAGCUUUCCAGCAGCAGACUCGCCAUCGAAUGGGAAGGGGAAAGAUAGUGGUCACAGCAAGAUGCACAAGCCGGGCCAAUAUCUCUCCAACCCGCCCUUACCGUGCUGCCCCACUCAACUACUCUACUCUACUCUACAUGAUACAGACUCGACAAUCCCCUGCUCAAAUCCCAGGUCCAGAACGGACUCGGAGAUAUCACGAAACCUCUCAAUGCCGGCAGGCGCAACUCCGCACUGGGGCGUCGUCACUGCGCUGGCAUUGCCGGCGACAUGUCAGAACGACGAUGUUCAUCCGGGAGGCGGCCAUGUAUGUUGCCUGUGAGCGAUACACCCGUACAUAGGGCGCUGCGCAUAAAUCAGGAACAUGGCCGAGUGUCGAGCGAGGUGGAUGACCGGAACGGCCAACUAGAAGAAAACAGAGGGAGGGAGAGAAAGGAUGCGGGAGACGGCGUGAUGGCCAGGAUGGGGGUUUAUAUAUGCGCAUAUAGCUAGCCUAGGUCGGGGCUCCACACGGGGUGGGGACGGUCAGAUCGAAAG